AUGGCUGCUUGUAUCUCAUCCUCCCGCUGCUUCUUUACAUACGGUGCUCUUCUGCUGAUCGGGGUCUCCAUCCAAGAUGUGGAGGCUUCCAGCUGUCAAACUGUCUUCCAUAAGAAGGUUGGAGACACUGUAAAGUUGUCGUCAUGCUUACCACCUGAAGGGGGUCAUGGAGAGUCACUUAUUGCAGACACAGCGGGUGGAUUUGUAAAUCCUGAUUUCAAAGACAGAUCAUCUUUAAACCCCACAGACUUCAGUUUAACACUGAGAGGACUGACUCUCCAAGAUUCUGGUGAUUUCUAUUUCCUCUCAGCAGUGAAUAACAAACAAAGGGAAAUAGUCAACAUCACCCUGCAAGUUCAUGAGCCCAUAACUGAAGAGCCCGUCGUCUUUUCCAACUCCACCUGGCACACCUGCAACGAAUCCUGUACAGUUUUGCUGGCGUGCACUGCAGCCGCUGACAGCAGUGUCAGCUACAAGUGGACCGGGAGGAACCGAACCAGAAGUGGCUCCAGGCAGCGUUACAUCAUCACACCUCAGGACGGAGACACCAAGUUCACCUGCACAAUUUCUAAUGUUGUCAGUGAGAAGUCUGCGUUGGUAACAGUGAAGUGCGACAACUUUACGUCCAACACACCAGAAACAGGUUUGUGCAGAGAAGGGAAUAAAGUGCAGCAGCGACCCACAAGAAUCACGUAAAGAAAUGGAAAUAUG